GACUCCAAUCGGGCCGGCAAUCAGGGCCACUCGCUAUCUUGCGGCAACACCACCCGCUGUAUGAGAUAUAAGGUAUUCUUUACGGUCUACACUAAUGUACGCCCAUGUUCCUGGACCAUGUACGGGCACAACACAGGAGCGCACCCAUCUGAUGCCGAAGGCCCCGAGAACUCCGAGGGCGGCGGAGCCGUGCAGCCAGGCUUCGGCUACCGCCGGGUUUAGUGCCGGCAUCAAAUGAGAAGGCCGGGGCGCACUCUGGACCGCGCUGUAAAGGGCUUGGGGGUUGAGCCGUGUUGUCCUCCCCGCAAAACCCCACACACGGCUGCAACCGUCACGGGGGGCGCGGCGCACGCCGUGUAUGGGGCCCGGGACCCCGUAUCUUGGCCGCCUCCUUGGGUUCGGAUAUGUAGUCGGGUUGGCCAGUUAACCGCCUGUCAGCCCUGUCUGGGGGAUCGGUUUGCGUACCCGGAUCCCCCACAAGGGCUGAAACUACCGCGCGGUGCUGCUAAUGCAUGCGAUCCCGCGACAUGGUUCCAGGGUUUGCCAAUGUACACACGCGACAAGCGGCGAGGAAGUAUAUGCCCGCGUGGGGGUUGCGGCGGUUCGGCUUCGCGAUGUGGGGUUGUGUGUAAUAGCCCCGUGGGUAGUCUGUGUUGCCGGAACCUGACUUCUCUUGGCCCCAUUUGCCCGUUCUUCGGUUUUUAAACCCACGCUUUGCUCCCUCUCGCCUCUUUGUUUGAUUUGUUCUCCGCUGCGGCCGCGGUUCGUCGAGUUUGCCAAGUCUGAGAAAAUCGGUGUUGCGGCAUGGAAUCGGG